AUGGCCUCCCCAUUCUACAACUACACCAUCGCCACUUUCACCAGAGGUCUCAAUACCCUCUCUACUCUCCUAAAGAAAGCCGAAGAGUACGCGAAAGAAAACAACAUUGCGCUCGAUGAAUUUCUCAAUGCUCGCCUUGUCGAGGAUAUGAAGCCUGUCUCCUUCCAAAUUUUGGCGGCAACGAACACAGUCUCCAAGGCCCUCGCCCGCGCAGCUUCUGUCGAACCUUCCACACGGCAAGAGGUCGAUAAGUCCUACGAGGAGCUUUACAAGCGCAUUGAGAGCACACUUGCAGAGCUGAAAAAGGCCGAUCCAGCACAGAUCGCUAGGAAGGAAGGGCAAACUUUCAAGGCCCCCCUUGGAGAUGUUGUGUUCGAUUAUACGCUAGAGGAUUAUUCGGUGCGAUUUGCGAUCCCGAAUUUCUACUUUCAUGUUGUGACUACGUAUGAUAUUUUGCGGGCGAAGGGUGUGCAGAUCGGCAAGCUAGAUUAUCUGUCGGACUUCACGGCCUAG